AUGCUACAGGUUAUUGACGAUGCCUAUGAAGAUUCUAUACCGGAGAAUUUUAACACUCCUUUAACACAAUCCAUCUCCAGUAGACUUUUUGGAGGUGCAGAAUCUGAACCACUGAUCGUAACAGGCGCACGUGAUUCCUAUAAUGGAUCUGGGCGCGGUAACGCUCAGACAUUAGAACCUCCUCAAAUGGAUAGUAGUAGUAAUAGGUUUGAUGAGAGAAGAUGGGAUCAUAUUGAAGACUUAGACCAAUUUUUCUCUAGAAUUUAUGAAUAUCACCAAGGAGGUGGUUUUAUGUGCAUAACAUCCCGCAAAGUUUUGGGUAUUCUACAAUUUAUCUUUGUCGUGUUUUUUUCAACAUUUUUCUUGCAAUGUAUAGACUAUGAUGUGAUGUUUGCCAACGUCAAUAUAACAACAACCGGACAGCCCAUAUCUGGAAAAAGACAUUUCAGCGAUGUUGUCGUUGAGAAUUGUGCAAGUCACCUUCACCCACUAGUUAUCUUAUGCUUGCUGCUCGCUACCAUUUUUUGUAUACUUCGAGUAGUUAAGGCCAUCUACUAUAUUCUCCAAAUGAAUGAAAUAAGGAUGUUUUAUGAAAGCGCCCUUGGUAUAUCUGAUCACCAGUUAUUAAAUCUAACUUGGCAUUCUGUUUUGAAACAAAUAUGCGCCGUCCAACCACGUCUUCACCUAACCAUUAACAAGGAUGUGCUUGAUCCCGUUGAUGUAUAUAAUAGAAUCCUUCGAUUCAAAAACUAUUUUGUCUCUUUUGUGAAUCAGAGAAUUUUCCCCCCAGUCUUCGAUAUACCAUAUGUAGGCAAAACUGCGUAUCUACCGAACGGGUUAAAAUACAAUAUAAAGCGUUGUUUGUUCUUGAGCUCAACUUCUCCAUGGGAUGGACCUUGUCUUAAAGAUGAUUAUAAAGAUUCCACUUUCCUUGAUAGACUAACUACGCAAAUGGAAAAACAUGUGAUGUGGUAUGGUACUAUAAACCUCGUGCUAUUUCCAUUCAUUUUUGUUUAUCAAAUAUUGUAUUCCUUCUGUGUCGUUUCUGAAAUGAUAAAGAAGAAUCCCGACUCUCUCGGAAGUAGACGUUAUUCUAAUUUUGGAAGAUAUCGCCUGAGACAUUUCAACGAGUUGAAUCAUGAGCUUGAUGCUCGAUUGAAUAGAUCCCACAACUUCGCUAACGCUUACGUAAAUCAAUUCUUCUCUCCACUUAUGAAGGUCAUUGCUACUCAUGUGAGAUUCAUGGUUGGAGCUAUUGCUUUUGUUUUGGGAGGAUUGACCAUGUGGGAUGAAGAUGUUAUUCAGAUAGAACAUGUUCUUACUGUGAUUGCUGUUUGCGGAGGAAUCUUCAUCUUCUGUAACAGUCUUAUACCCGAUGAGAAUCUUGUCUGGCAACCAGAAAGUUUGUUGAGCCGAGUUGCUGCAGAGAUUCAUUAUGUACCUGUGGAAUGGAAGAAUAACGCACAUACUGAUCAAGUUCGCCAUGAGUUCAUGGAGCUUUUCCAAUUGAAGUGGAUGUAUUUAGUUCACGAGCUGUUGAGUCCCAUCCUCACUCCCUUCAUUCUCAUGUUCUGGCUCAAACCACGCUGUAGGGAAAUUAUUCAGUUCUUCCAUGAAAACACAGUAUCUGUACAAGGUUUGGGAGAUGUCUGUUCCUUCGCUCUUCUUGACGUGUCGCGUCACGGCGAUCCUACUUGGAGUGGUGUUCACCAAUCUCAGAGACACGAUGUUCAUGCUUACAAUGGCAAAACCGAAAUGUCAGUCUUGCAUUUCAUGUCUACAAAUCCUGAAUGGGUACCUCCCCCCUCAACUGAACAGUUCAUCAGGACAUUCAAAGACAGGCUUACCAAAGAGAUAACCGAGAUGAACGAAAGCAGGUCGAACAUUCUCCGAGACUCUGUCAGCUCUCUCUUACCUGGCAUACAAAAUAUGUCAACUUUAUUAGGAAACGGUCUAACACGAGUGGAUGGACCAGUCAAUCAAUUAUGGGAUUCACUCAAUAAGAAUGGAGGCUCUCUUCUUGACAGCAUGAGAAGACCAGAAGUGGAAAGUUCUGUUGGAGGAGACUUACGAGUUCAAACAAUGUUCUUACGGGGAAUGCAUGAAGAAACCAGACAAGUAAUGGCUCCUUCUGUUUAUGGAGCUAGUGUAUAUAGUGUAAAUAAUCCGAGCAGGAGCUUGUUCGAAGUUCCUCAGCUUAGGGAAGAGAAUGAAGAGUCUACGGAUACUGAAAUAAAAAGUCGCCUUCGUGUUGCUCCAACCGUUACAUAUGAUGAACGGGAGGAAGAUGAGGCUGAAGAUCAUACUGAUGAUCAACCACCAAACUCAUUUAUGGGUGUUUGA